GAAUGGGUUCGGCCCACGUGUGCCCAUUUCGGCCCAGCAGCGAGCCUCGUCCUCGCGUGCUUUCAGUUGCGCUGUCUCGAAGACUCAAACAAAAAAAGGUUGCGCUCUCUCAAAAUCAACUCAAACAAAAGCUUCCGCCAUUCUCCGCCGCUCCUCGCUCUCGCUCUCCCCAUUCAUUCCCCAUUCAGCUCCGCCGCUCCUCGCUCUCGCUCUCCCCAUUCAUUCCCCAUCCAGCUCCGCCGCCGGGGAUGGUUCUGAUCGAGCGCACGCCGUCCGCGGGGGCAGCCCCCUUCAGUCCACUCCAGAGAUCAACUCCUAGGGUUUCGUUGGAGGCGUCUCCGCCGUCCGACCCCAUCCUCCCGUACCUCUGGUCUAUCAAGGAGACCAUUGAUGAGCUCAGGGAAAACCCAGAAUGUUAUCAUGCAGCACUUGAACAGCUCAAGAUUUAUGUGACAGAAUGCAUUGAUAAGUAUGGGGAUGAUUAUCAGUACUCCACUGACCCCCAGCUCCUCAAGAUCUGGAUCCUCUAUGGGGAUGCAAUUUCUGAUUUUGACAAGGUGUAUACACAUUUGGAGGAGAAAAGAAUGUUCUUAGAGGAUGCACUGCUCUAUGAAUCAUAUGCACUGUUUCUGUUUGCUCAGGGGAGAGUGCUCGAGGCUGAUAAGGUCUAUGGGAUUGGUAUUUCCAGAAAAGCUGAGCCCCUUGAUCAUUUGAAGAAGAUGCAUAUCGACUUCUUAAGACAAUUGGAGAGUAUUGUAGAAGAACCUGAUGAGGAUGCACAGCCCGAACCAUCUAGAAUACAAAAAAGGGAGUUCAGUGUGGUUGAUCCAUGGUCAGAUUCUACCAUGAGCAAUUUGCUAACGAAAAUUAAUGGUGACCUCAAGAAGUUAACAGGCUAUCAUAAGAGCAACAAGAUCUACUCAGGAAAGGUGCCCCUAACUUCCUCACGGAAUGCUUUAAAAAAUAAAGUCGUUGAGUUAGGUGGCAGGAAAUAUCAGAUCAAAGGUUUUUCUGGUAUUGGUGCUUUUGCUAAAUUAUACAAAGCUAGUGUUGAUGGCAACACGGAAGAAAUAGUUGCUUUAAAGGUUCAAACGCCUGCAUUUCCUUGGGAAUUUUACAUGUACCGCCAGCUUGAUAUGCGGAUAUCUGAUAUUCAGAGACCAAGCUAUGGCUAUGCACAUGAAGUGCAUGUCUUUGCUGAUGUCAGUGUGCUAGUUUGCAAUUUCCUGCCAUAUGGAACUCUUCUGGACGCUAUGAAUUCCCGUUUUGUUGUUGGUCAGCACAUGGAUGAAGUUUUGUGCAUAUAUUACACUAUAGAGAUGCUGCAUAUGCUUGAAACUCUACAUAGUGUUGGCAUAAUCCAUGGCGAUUUCAAACCUGACAAUAUACUUGUCUGCUAUCCAAGUGAAGAGUUGACAGACGAUACCUUCAGAAGCGAAACGAGAAGCGGGCAGAAUCAGGGGCUGUGUCUCGUUGACUGGGGCCGGGGCAUUGAUGUAAAUCUCUUCUCGGCUGGCACGGAGUUCCUUGGGGAUUGUCAUACCUCAGGGUUGAGUUGUAUCGAAAUGCAAGAAGAGAGAAGCUGGACAUAUCAAGUCGACACUUUUGGUCUGUGCGUGGUUGCACACAUGAUGCUGCACGGGAAAGAGAUGAGCAUCAGUAAGGUGCCCGGAACAGGUGGAAGCUACAUGUACCAACCGAAAUUGGCAUUUAAAAGGUACUGGAACGUUGCGCUGUGGAAGCAGCUCUUCACCACACUGCUGAACCGGGGCUCUGACGGGAACCAUGUAGGCAAUCUCCGGAGCCUCCGGAGAUCAUUCCAGGAUUACAUGUGCAGCAACCAUCAGCUGGUGGUCAAUCUGAACAAGCUGCUGGCAAAGCAGAAGUCCUCCCUGUGCUCAUCCUGAGAAACGGACAUGGGCGAACCCAUUAUCAUCAUAAACGGACAAAAUCAGACCAAACGAGACGUCCGUUUAGGAUCGUGCGGUGGAGUUGGCCCGAGUGCCCUGGUCCCUGCUUCUGUCCGCAGUGCAGCGUUCUGGGGCGACAUAAUAUCCAGCGCUUUGUCAGGUCGAGGCCCUGGAUUAGGUGCAGGGAUCUGUCUUGGGUCUUGCACUAUCUUGGCAGGUCAUGCAGCUAGCUUUGGUCCUCCUCGGCGUCAGACUUGUAAGACUUGGACCCGGUUAUGGUAUGCCUGUACAUGUGAAUGUGAUACAAGAUUAUUGUAAGAUGGACCUGUAUCUUACCUACUUGCAACAAUUUUUCAGUAUUUUGGCAACCAAUUUCAAAACACAUUUCAGCUAGUUA